CAGUUAUCGAAAUUCUGUUGCUGUUUUGCUUAUUUUUUGUAGGCGUUGUUCAUUUAUUGUUAAUUAUUUUGUGAUUUUAAUGGCCCCGCAGCCGGUGGUAACGGGUCUUUCGCCCAAGGAGGGUCCACCAGGCACACGUGUCAUCAUACGAGGCGAAUUUCUGGGCACCCGUGUGCAGGAUCUAACCGGUCUUAAAAUCUGUGGCUCCGAUUGUCUGUUGUCGGCUGAGUGGAAAUCUCCCAAUAAGAUCAUCGCACGCACCGGUCCGGCCAAGGGUAAGGGCGAUAUUAUUGUUACAACCAUAAGCGGAGGUGUUGGCACAUCCACGGUCCAAUUUCGUGCCUACCACGAGACAAUUGGCCCACUCAAGGAGUCCGCGGUGUGGAUUGAGGAGUCACCAUCGCAAAACUUUGCCUGGGGUCGACGCACACUCACACAGUCGGGGCUAACACAAGAGGAUCCAUUGGGCCUGUCCAUUGAGGGCAACGAGCAGAAAAUCCCCGAAGAUUUACGUGACUUGUUUCCCGAUGCUUGUGGUGAUUUGUCGCAGGAGAAUUUCUCACCAGCCUGGUUUAUGCUCGAGAAUCAUUUGGCUACCUCGUUUGAGGACUUGAAGGCCGGUCUAGCCUAUCUGAAGCGCAAGGUAGAGAGCCAAAAGGAGGGACAACUCUCCUUUCUUAAGUCCAAUGCUGGCUCCGUCAUUGAUCAACUGGACACAUUGAUGAACAUUCGUGACAAGCUGCAGGAGGAUGUCAAGCUGCACGGCACCGAACCCUUCAACAUACUCGAGCAGUCCAUUGAGAACUCCAUCAGUGAAUCGCAAAAGAUCUUCACGGAUGUGCUGGUGCGCAAAGAGAAGGCGGACUCCACACGUUCGGUGCUCUUCGCCCUGUCUCGUCACAAGUUUCUCUUCUGUCUGCCUAAUUCGGUGGAUCGUCGGGCCAAAGCGGGCGAAUAUGAUAUUGUUGUCAAUGAUUAUUCGCGUGCUAAGAAUCUAUUUGGCAAAACAGAGCUGGCCAUCUUUCGCCAAGUGCUCGAGGAGGUGGAUCAGCGCAUCUUGCUGAUAAGACGUCAACUGCACGAAAAGGUGGUGAAGAUGCCACAAAGUGUGGAGCAGCAAAAGAAGUUGAUUAAGGCGCUGACCAGUUUGGAGUUGCAGCAAAGUGGCACACCAAUUGGCGAUCGUUUGCGGAAUACGGAUCCCGCCUGGGAUGCGAUUGAAGCGCGUGCCAAAUACUUGGAGGCCACGUUUCGCCAAACGUACGAGCAGCACUCGAACAAGGAUGCUGGCGGCACACAGGAGAAGUCGAAGAGUCGUGAUCCCAGCCAGGCGCCCAGUCGUGUCAAUUUCUGUGAGGAACUUUGCGACAUUGCCGCCUCCCAGCUUCCAGAUCUUUGGCGUCUCGGUCAGCUCUAUUUCACGGGUGAAUUGCGUGGUCCGCAUGAUCCCAAGCCGGGUGAUUUUAAGCGCAUGGUUUUGAAUGCCAUUGAUAAGUUUUGUGUCUAUUUGCGCCUGGCCAUACUCAUCGCUGGCGAUCAGCGUGCCUUGAGGCAAGCCAGCGGAUUGGCCUGGCCCAUUGGCUCCGCCUCGGCAACGCAUCAUUUCUUGCCUUGGAUACCGCAAUGUUUGCGCUACACGCGCAUCGCUUAUGCAACGCUGAUUGGACUCGAUUUGCCAUCGGAGGCAUUGGACAUUAUACAGAAAUUGAUUGAUGAGGUGCGUCUCUUUUGUUUCUCCAUCAUCUUCAAACGCGCCACGGAUCGUUGCAAGAAGCUGGGCGUGCAUGAGACUUGGGAAAUGACCGUCGAAGAUUAUCCGGGUGCCACACUGUUGCCAGCUACGCUGGAAACGCUGCUGGUGGAGACGUUGGAUGAGGUGCAGUCCGUAUGCAUGCAGCCGGAGGUGCGUGAGGGUAAUCUUCUCGAGCCCCAUUCGGAUGGGCAACGUGAGGUGACUCAGCGUCUGCAGGAGCUGCUGUCCACCUUUAGUGGCGUCAUUGCGGAGCUCGCUUAUCCCGCCCACGAUGAUGAGACGACGCCCACUCAUAACGUAUCCCAAUUGUUAGGCUUUCCCAACACCCAGCAGCCGGAAUCGGUGUCGGGUGUGUUGUCCGGCAGCGCCUCUGUAAGCUGGGAGCAGCGCAUGCUCUGCUGCCUCGCCAACUAUGCGUAUUGCAAUAAGAGCUUCUUUCCACACAUUGGAGAACUAUUUGUUCGCUAUGGUUAUCCGCUGCCGACGCUGGCCAUUGAAACGGCUCGCUACAAUGUCAACCAGUUGUUCACCAAUCUGCUGGAGGAGUAUGUGGAGCACAAGGGUGAUCCUCUGGUCGGCACCAUUGAGCCAUCCAUGUAUCUGGGCCGUUUCCAGUGGGAUCACGAGAUGGAAAUUGGUUUGGGUCAUCUGCGUCCAUAUGCCCACGAAUGCUGCGAUAAUCUUGUGGGUGUUUACUCAGAGAUCUAUAGCAUAUCGCCAGCUCUGCUGCGUCCCAUUCUGGAGUCCAUUGUGCAGACCAUAUCCGAGGAGCUGGCGCGUCUGAUGAGCUGCGUUCAACGCUUCAGUUAUACGGGCGCAAUUCAGGCCCAUGUCGAUAUACGACUCCUCCGCGAUGCACUCGACAACUAUGCUAAUGAGACGGCCAAAAACUAUUUUAUGGAAGCACUGGAAGCCAUUAGUCCACCUUUGAAUAGCGAACAGAAGCGCAAGGCGGAUGAGAUAUUGGAGCGUGUCAAGCACAAUAUGCGGCUGCAGAUGCUCUGCUUUGGCGUCAAGGAGCCUUAGGCACAUUCCACUCUGCCCUCUUGGCGGCAGUAGAAUUAUUUAUAUAUAAAUAUAUAUAGAAAACUGAGUAAAAACAGUUGAAAAACAAUUGCAUAUUUGUUAAUAAUUUACUUGUCAGUCUGCUCAGCCGAUAUACCAUCUACUCUACCUAUAUAUAUAUUUAUACAGUUAUUUGCAUUUGCUGCUUUAUUAAUAGUAUUUGAUAAGCAAAAAUUAAUGAUUACAUAGCGAGCACAACUCUUUUGUAGGAAAUAAAAUGGGAAAACUAAAGGUA